AUGUACGGCCCAUCUAUGGACAACGUUUCUGUGCGAGCAGGCAUUGAACCUGGACAUUACGCAGGAUACGCCUUUGGCAGUGGUGGCUCUGCCUACUGCAUGGACAAGAUGUCCCAUCGCUGGACAUUGCUCUUUGGAGCGUGUAUUGGUGUCGCAGGAGCAGUGCUGCAGACUGCCGCCGUGAACCCAGCCAUGAUGAUUGUGGGUCGUGCUUUCUCAGGACUCCCGACGGGUAAGGUCUAUCCGACAGCCCCUGUGUAUCUUGCGGAGGAGGGCCAGACUGUGCUCCUGAUAGGGGGUUUAUAUGGCUUCAUGGCAGUUAUCGGGCAGAUAAUGAACGUUUUCUUUGUCGCCGACCACUGGACGCGACGCAUCACUAUCAUUUCCGGGAAUUUCACGCUCGCUGUCCUCCUCGCGGUUUUGACGGCCUUCUCGAAACUUUUCCAAGAUGACUCGAAUCCAGCUGAAUCCCAUGCCGGUGUUGCGUUCAUCUUCUUAGUCGCGUUUGCGUACUACUUCUUCUUCAACAAUGUCAAUUGCGUUUUGGUAGCAAAGACUUUUUCACUCGACCUCCGUGGCGUCGGUGUUGGCUUCUCAAUCUUUACACAAGCUGUUACGGCAAUUUAG